AUGGGCCAGAAUGAUCUGAUGAGCACCGCUGAGGACUUUGCAGACCAGUUCCUGAGAGUGACGAAGCAGUACCUUCCCCACGUGGCCCGCCUGUGUCUGAUCAGCACCUUCCUGGAGGAUGGCAUCCGCAUGUGGUUCCAGUGGAGCGAGCAGAGGGAUUACAUCGACGCCACGUGGAACUGUGGCUAUUUCCUGGCCUCCAUUUUCGUGUUCAUCAAUCUCUUCGGACAGCUGAGUGGCUGUAUCCUGGUGCUGAGCAGGAACUUUGUGCAGUAUGCCUGCUUUGGAUUGUUUGGAAUUAUAGCAUUACAGACCAUUGCAUACAGCAUACUAUGGGAUCUGAAGUUUUUGAUGAGGAACCUUGCACUGGGGGGAGGUUUGCUGCUGCUUUUGGCUGAGUCACGCUCCGAGGGGAAGAGCAUGUUUGCUGGUGUCCCUACUAUGCGGGAAAGCUCUCCUAAACAGUACAUGCAGCUGGGUGGACGUGUGCUGCUGGUUCUUAUGUUCAUGACGCUGCUCCAUUUUGAUUCCAGCUUCUUUUCUAUUUUGCAGAACAUCGUGGGCACAGCCCUGAUCAUCUUGGUGGCAAUUGGCUUUAAGACAAAGCUGGCUGCCUUGACUCUGGUCAUCUGGCUGUUUGCCAUCAACAUCUACUUCAACGCCUUCUGGACCAUCCCCGUCUACAAGCCCAUGCACGAUUUCCUCAAAUACGACUUCUUCCAGACCAUGUCCGUCAUCGGAGGGCUCCUUCUGGUGGUGGCCCUCGGUCCAGGGGGUGUCUCCAUGGAUGAGAAGAAAAAAGAGUGGUAACAGGAGCAGCAGCACUUCUUAGGACAUGACACCUUAAGUCCAGGACUGAUUCUCUAUGGAUUCAACAAGAACUGCCAACACUUUACACGUAAUGGCCCCCUUCCCCUGUUAAAGGCACAGAUGUUUUGAGAAUCUGAUUUACAGUGGCACCAGUACAAUAAUACAUGCAUCCUGUUUCUUGGAGGGACAUGGCUAAGGUUUAUUGUUUUAACUUUUUUAGAAUUGGAAUUAACCCAAGGAACCUGCAGUUCUAAGUACUUCAGUGUUGCAAUAGAAGAGUCACUGCCCCUUCUGCCUGUAACAGCUUUUUAAAUGUAAAGUACUGUGAGCAGAGGCAACCAUAUCAUUCAUUCAGUGUGCUGUUGGGUUAAUCCUCACUUACAUUUUAGCUAUGGCUAAAUGAGUUAAUUCCCUCAUCAGAACUCAAAAUCCUGUCCCAUCAGAAAUGCCAGCAGUUGGCUUUAGCAUGGUUUGUUUUAGUGAAACCUUACUCCAAGAGAAAUUAUUGUUUAAGAAAAACAACAAUACAGUAUUAUCUACCCUUUCCACAGCCAAACCGCACGAAGGGAGAAAGCAAAGCCCAGCUCUCGGCAUUUUUCACUAGGUGAGGAAAGGAAAAGGUUUUUUCCUUUAAGGAAGAUGGAAGAUAUCACUUCCUUAUGGGACAAGAGGUAAAGAUGCUGAAUUGCUUAUAUGAGUUCAAUAAGGGAGUUUGGGGAGUAUCAUUUAAGGUUAUUGAAGUGCUGUGCCAACAUCAAUCCUAUUCAGUGUUUGUUUUUUUUUCCUCUGUCAGAAGAGCAAAGCUAUACUGCUCUUCCCAAGAGACUCUUCCAUAAUCUACAACCCAGCUUUGACUUCCAUUUUUUCCUCUAUUACCUUCAACCUGAGCUGUUAUUGUUGUAAACACAAUUUGUAGGAUGAUGAUCCCUUUUUGUGCACUCAGCUGAAAGCUCUGAAACAGUGUUUUGCAGCAUGUGCAGGUUAGGAGCAGUGUCUGUGCUUCUAGGCUAUCGGUCCUCUUGUCCCCUGAUGUAUCUUUGUCAGUCUCUCUUGCAAAGGGUUUUAAAACCUUAGCUUGCAGUGUCAGGUUGUAGACUUCUGAAGAGGGGCCGGGCUGUGGCAUUUCUGCACGUAUUCAUGGGCACAGGGAAAGUUUUCCUGCCAAGGCUCUGUUGAUCUAGUCCUAAAUAGUGCCCAGCUAUUAGCUCUGUGAUACCUUGUCCCUUUGAGUCUCUGUUUCAGUCUGCCUUGCUUCUGGCAGCAGCAGACUAGAAUUUCAUACCUCUUUGCUAAUCAGAUGCUAACUUAGUCCUUCUUACGUUCUGAUCAUUUCACUGAAAGGGACGGGGAUAGUCCUCCAGUUUAAUGGGCUGAGAGAAAAGAAGGAACAUAUUUUGUCUUUCACUGGGGUAGCCUACGCCUCCUGUGUACAUAUCUAGAAACCAUGCAAAGAAGCAGUGUUUCAUCCUCUGCUAGCCAAGUAUGUUGAUUCCCCCUAAGACGAUUCAAUGAGGUACUAAAUCCAUGACCUCCCAUUAACUAGUAGCCAGGUAAGGUACAUAGGGUAGCUGCUGGACCAAGAAACCAAAGAACUGCUACGUGAGUAUCUACAUGUAAUUCUCAUGUAGCUAACAGGAACAUACAGUGCAUGGAAGUGCUGACCUGGACAGUGCAACUUAAACAGCUUUAGUUUGGAAAACAGAACUACUCCCCACAUCUGAUGACAAAUAGAAAAGCUUUCACAAACAUUUAGCUAAUGCCAUCAGGGUGUUAAGGAAGACUGGCCUUCGUGGUUAGAUAAAGCACUGCUGCUGAAAUUUCUUAAGCUCUUUUAAAAUCAAAUGGUAUGUUAACCCACCACUGCCUUAUUUCCUGGAAUUUGCAGGAGACUUUUCUCCUGCCACUGCUUUCACACUGCCUGUGUCUUCAUCACAAGGGAACCUGGGGCAUUCUGCCGCACCGCAGGUACAAUCUCUUCUCUUCUGUGCUGACAGUCAGCAUACACAAACACGAGUCUCCUGAGAUACAGACCCUUCCCAACACUCUUAACUGCUGUGGAUGAUUCUUGUAUUUAUAUGUUAAAUAGACAGAAGCCAGGUUUUCUUAUUACCCUUAGUUAGCUUUCUUACCUCUGAUUCUUCCAAGCUAAAGGAGUUUGAUUGCUUUGGAAGAGAAGCAGUUCAAUCAGACACUAACUGAUCUGUGAAAAAUAGUCCUCUCAUCAAGAGACUGCCUGUAGCUCCGCGAUAGCCAGGCACCCCAAAAAGAAUUUUCCCCUUUUAGGAAAAGUAACUAUCAGUAGCCUUUGCAGCAGGGAUUUUGCAAGUACAGUAUCAUCACUCAGUACUAAGUGAAGGGUUUUUGUUUAAAAAAAAAAUAAAAAUAAAAAGACGCUGCUCUUCAAGACAGCACAAAACUAGCCAUAGCAUUUUAGCAAGAGUCUUCUGCAACAGAACUAGCUGUCCCCUACAGAUGCUGCUGUACCCAGACAUCUCCCCAAACUGAUGGCGAUUUCACCACUGGUCAGAAUGAAAAAGCCUCCUAUUCAAAAGCAGGAUUUCUACUGAUUGACUUUUGCAAAAUGUUGUGGAAUCCAUUUUGAAUAUAUUUUUUGCUUUCUAUGUGGAAAAAAGAAAAUAAGUAUAAAUUCCCAUUUUAUGAUGUAUUUUGUACCUUAGUUGUGUUUGAAAAUGUUUUGAUUUUUGGAAACAAUCAAAAUAAAACGAUGGCAUCUUUGUUGUA